AUGCACCUCGACGCCGCGCGAUUCCUGCUCGCCGUGACGCGCGCCCGCGUGGCGCUGACCGGCGACGUCGGCGCUGCUGAUCCGGUCGCGCUGGUCCACUAUGACCACGAGCGGCUCGAGGCCACCCUCCGCGUCCCCGAGCGGCGCGCUGCCGCCGACGCCACCGCCCACCGCCGCGUGCUGCGGGAGGUGGAGCAGGCCGCCUGCCGCGCCAGGGUGCUAGUGGAGGCGUCUUCGCUCGCCAGCCUCGCAGCGGACAGCAGGGGCUUUCUACGCAGAAUGGCGGUCGUGGCAGAGAGCGAGAGGUGA